AUGUACGACAACAACUUAGCUUACGUUUGGGAUGGCGAGUCUAUAUCCGAGGAGUUUGCAACAGUAACUGGUCUUAAGCAAGGCUGUAUUCUUAGCGCCCUCCUAUUUAUAAUUUUCUUAAAUGAUAUUACUGAUGAAGUGAGAGGUGAAAUCACUGUAGAAGGAUUGACUGUUCCAGCCCUUAUGUAUGCAGAUGACAUCGUGCUAUUCUCCGAAACAGUAGAUGGCAUGCAGCUGAUGAUAAACAGGCUUGCGAUAUAUUGCAAUCGUUGGAAUCUGGAAGUUAAUUUGCAAAAAUCGAAGAUGAUGAUUUUCAGAGGUGGGGGUGGCAGAUAUUCAAGAAAUGAGCAGUGGAAAUAUAACGGACAGACAAUAGACAUUGUGCGCGAGUACAAAUACCUAGGAGUUUUCGUAACCUCAACCCUGAAUAUGAGACAACAUCUGGAGGGAAAAUUGGCGGAGGCCAAGCGCGCAAUCUCUUCGUUAUGGGAAAGGUGCUUCAGAAACAGGUAUGUUGAACACAGUGCUAAGCAAAAGUUGUUCCGCUCUACAGCCCUGCUCUACGGAACGCCAGUUUGGGGAUAUUCCGCCUUUGAAUCUGUGGAAAAAUUCCUAAGAUAUUUUGUGAAAAGAAUACUUUGUCUACCAAAAACUACCCCAAACUACAUGGUUUACCUAGAAACAGGUACACCACCUUUGAUUAUGGACACCCUCGCAAUACACUUCAACUAUAUUGUAAAGGUAUUUGAAAUGGAUGGUAAUCGGAUACCAAAAAAAGUUCUAAGAGCAGCUAUCCAAGGAAAAGGAUCAAUGUUCGAAGAAUGGACUAACCUCGCCGAAACAUGUGGUACAACCAUGAACAUAUCUUCAAGGGAACAACCGUCAAUGCUAAGGAGAAAGUUCAAUGAGAUCCUCGAAAAGUUUGGAAGCAUCUUGUUUGAGAGAUAUGCAUCGGAAGCCAGUUCUUCUCUGUCUAGAUGCUACUAUAAUCGUCUUAACUAUAACCUUCAACAGAACUCGUACCUUCUAAAUAAGAACUCAUUAAAUAAAAUAAAUAUCAUUUUCAAAGCAAGAGGAGAAUUGCUCAGUCUCAACUUUGUACCCCACCGACCAGAUCUGCCUUUACUGUGUAGUCUAUGUAACUUGAAAGCGCGUGAAGAUACAUUUCAUUUUAUUGCAAUAUGUCCUGUUCUGAUUGAAAUUCGGUUGAGAUACUUCAACAAACGCAACUUGGAAGAAGGAGAAAUGCUCAGCAUUCUCAACGGCGACCAGGGAUGGGAUGGACUUUACAACUAUGUUAUCACAGCACUGCGUUAUAGAAAAGCUAUUAUUGAAGAAGAUUUUUAA